AUGUCGCUAAAUUACAUCAAAAACUUCUAUGAAGGGGGCCGAGCCCUUAAGCCUCCAACUGUGAUUGGUCAGUUCCACACCCUUUUCUUUGGAUCAGUCCGAAUGUUCUUCCUUGGGGUGCUAGACUUUGCAGUUUAUGGGAAUGAGGCUUUACACUUCAGUUGUGAUCCAGAUAAAAGAGAAAUAAAUCUCUUCUCUUACGAUCAGUUCAGGCCAAUCACUCCACAAGUGUUCUGGGCAUUACAACUAGUGAUUGCCCUGGUUCCUGGAGCUAUUUUCCGCCUUUAAGCUGCAUGUAAAAGCAUCAAUCAAGAAUGCAUUCUUCAAAAGCCCAUCUACACUGUGAUUUAUAUACUCUCUGUUUUAUUAAGAAUUAGUCUAGGGAUGAUAGCAUUUUGGCUUCAGAUUCACCUCUUUGGUUUCCAAGUAAAACCUCUUUACCUGUGUGAUGCUGAAUCUCUUGGAAAGAAAAUGACUAUUAUAAAAUACAUGGUUCCAGAACACUUUGAAAAGACCAUUUUUCUCAUAGCAAUUUUUACAUUUACUGUAAUUACAAUGGUAUUAUGUAUUACUGAGAUUUUUGAGAUCAUAUUUAGAAGAUUAUGCUUUCUAAUUAAGCAAUGA